AUGGGCUCCCUUCCUGGACGGGCUCCCCUGACGGCCUCCCUCUGUCCCCUCCAGGGCGGCUUCGGCACGGAGGAGGAGAUGUGCCUGGCCUUCCUCUCGUACUACCCUCGCGUCAACGUGUCGAGCUGCCUCUCGCAGCCGAGCCUCGAGACGCUUCUGGCCACGCUGGGCGUCGAGGACAUCCACGACAGGGACGCCGUUAUCAAGCCCCGUGCGAGCGAAUGGGAAUUUGAAGGGAGAUCGGAUCUACCAGAAGACGUCGACAAAUCGCUGUACGAAGAACUGACGAACGAGGAAGGCCCGACGGCCCUUCCCUUGGAGAUGGCGCAGGCCUUCCGCGGGAUUGUUGCCAAGGCUCCUGAGAAAUACGCCAACAUGUCUCUCUACGACAUCCUCAAGGACGAAGCCACUUGGGAAGACUUCAAGAUGGUGAUGCGUUUGCAGGACGAGGCCGUGUACAGUAAGCACGUCCUGUACUGCGGCGACUUGAGUGGCCGAGAUCAGGUGAAAAUGUCAGAAGGGUAUCCCGACUUCGUCCCCUACUGGGCUCCGGACACGACCUGCGGGAACAAGGACCAGGGCACGCCCACCAAAGACCGCCCAUUCCAGCCUCACGGCAACAAGAUCAACGUGAGGAAGAUGCUGUGUCCCUCGGAUCUCAGCAUCUGCAAGAGCCCCCGACGGCCUCUCGGGGCCCUUGGGAACAGACCCAUCUUCUUCUGAGCGCCGA